AUGAGGAGUUGUGUAAGGCUGCAAAGCAGUCUCAGUCUGGCUGGUUUCAAGCUGUGCCGUCCGGCAGCACAUUUUUAUUCCACCAACGGCGCAGACAUUGAUGUCGUGCCCAAGUCUCAGAAGCACAAGACACGCAGAGAGACACGCAGAACGACGUCAAAGGAACCUCGCGGGAAAAGAUUGGAGCAAGAACAAGAUGAUCUGGGCUUUGAUCAGUGGUCCUGGUCCGAGGUCAAUGUGAUCGACAAGACUAUAGAGACGGCAGCAGGAAAGCUUCCCAUCUCACCCCUGGUGGACUCGACAUGGCGAGAGGCCAGACAACGUCGGAAAACAAAGGCUCGCCCAGACAAGGCCACUCAUAAUCGAUUCCAGCGUCAGCUGCGCCAGAACCCAUACGCCCAAUUGCUGGCCACACCUGUUCGAUUUUGUGCUGUUACUCGGACCCAACUGCCCAAGGGCAUGCUGCAGAGCUUCGGUCUGGUCAGGCACCCCGAGACGAAUCAUGUCUGGUGGAUACCCGAGGGCUUGGACGCAGGGCGCAGGCGGGCAAAGGAGGAGUCCAACGAUGCAGAAGAGGCUGACGUCCCUUCAUCAACAGCGACCAAGGACGAUCCUGAAGACGGUGCCACCCUAGCUACUGACGGUAUCUCAGCAGGCGUGGACAAGAAGCAGAGCAAAUACAAUUAUCCAACACAUGCGCUUGCACGACAAGACUUGCUGCAAAAUUUCAUCAAGAUGGGCAAUAAGUACUACGGUGCCCAUCACAGACUAGCCGGCGCGCCACAUGCCCCAGUCCUGGCCAGAUCAGCCAGCUGGCGCGCGGAUAUGGAUGUUGUGAUCCUCGACCAGAGACGCCGCUCAAUCAUGGAGGAUCUGCUUUACCUGUCCACACUCUGCGAAGAGCACGGCAGGAAAUAUAUCAUCAAGGUGACUGGCGCCAAGUACGCCGCAACGUAUGUUCACCGUGCCGCUUUUCUCUGGCUGGGCGAGGAUAAGGCGUUGAAUUCUGAAGAUGGCACCUCGGAACCCGGCGCAGAGGCAGAAAAGGCUGAGGUCGACCCUGAGCAGUACGCUACACUAGACAUUAACGGCGACCCAACCACCACACGUCCUGUCUACAAUUUACCACGACUCCUCGGUCCCGCGAAUGUUGCGCGGCUUAGAUCCGAGUCCUCUAUACUUCAAGAGGGACCGUUGUUCUUGUUGAGAAGCCAACGGAGCGGGGAUUUGAACAAGAAGCUUUGGAGUCUUCAAGGCUAUAUGGCUGAUCACACCAAGCUGUGA